AUGUGGAUUGAAAUUAUUGAAGAGCUAUCAAAAACUCCUUUGCCCGCCGAAGGCAUGGCUCUCAUAUCUGCGUCAAUGUCGUACACUAGCCACAGUCAUGGGCAUCGAAGUCACAGUUUUGUUCCUCCUCGGUCCUUGUCCCCAAGUAGACCGUCAAAGAAGGGUAACAGCUUGAAGACUGGGCGCCAAAAUACUGUUUGCUCACAUCCACAACCCGAUCUCGAUUCAUCUCACGGCAAAUUUGCAGAAUGUUCUACUCGAAACACUGAGUCUAUUCGACCCUCAACCCCUCCAAACCCGAUAAGAGGUGAUGGAUUAUCGCCAUCAUUCCUACAGGAGAGCGCAGUGGCUGGGGUAACAUCUAUAAAUACAUUAUCUGCUGAAAAAGAACAAGAAUCAGAACAUCAACGGCGCUCAAUGCACGAUCAUAAACAUCAUCACAAACAUGAUCACAAACAUGAUCAUCAUGAUAAUACUGAAAAACGCUCCAAAUUCACAAGAAUGAUGAUGCGUAUGACGGAAAGAUGGCCAAUCAUCCAUGCGGCUCUUACCGAGAAAGAUUCAAGGAGAAUUCUUUACUUUAUGAGUCUUAACUUUGGCUUCAUGCUCAUACAAGCUUUCUAUGGCUACUUAACUGACUCUCUCGGUUUACUCAGUGAUAGUAUACACAUGUUCUUCGAUUGUCUAGCCCUCGGCGUUGGAUUAUUUGCAGCUAUCGCAAGUAAAUGGCCACCUAGUCAAAAGUUCCCAUUUGGAUUUGGAAAAAUUGAGAGUCUUUCAGGCUUUGGAAAUGGUGUAUUUUUGAUACUCAUAAGUAUAGAGAUCAUGAUAGAAGCAGUUGAAAGAAUUAUCGAUGGUCACGAGACCCAACGCCUCGGAGAACUCUUCGCUGUUAGCUUCCUCGGAUUAUUGGUUAAUUUAGUCGGCAUGGCAUGUUUUGGACAUCAUGGGCAUGAUCAUGCAGGCCAUUGUCACAAGUCCGCUUCUUCGCCCUCCAACUCACACAAAAAUUCACACAAUCACCUCUCGGAACUAGAGUAUACUCAUGAAUCUUGUAGUCACAACCAAGGAAGCCACUCUCAAAGAAUGAAAAGCAAGUCACACUCUGCUGACUUUUCUUCCCUUAAGAAUUUAAAGCAACCGAGGAGCAUUGAAGACUCAAUCCAUGACAAAUCUCACAUUCAUUCUGGCUCUCAUAUGCACUCUCACUCGCACGAUGAUGAUAACAUGCACGGAAUUUUUCUACAUGUCCUUGCUGAUACAAUGGGUAGUGGUGCCGUUGUCCUGUCAACAGCACUCACAUACUUGACUGGGAUGAAAGGCUGGGAUCCAGUAGCUUCCGGUAUCAUAGCGAUUCUUAUCUUCCUAUCCUCGAUCCCUUUAAUUAAAAGCAGUGCCAAAAAGCUUCUUUUAACUCUACCUGACGAUAGAGAAUAUUCAGUACGAAAUGCCCUUACCGGAAUUAAUGAUGUACGUGGCAUUAUGAGAUAUUACAACUCUCGAUUUUGGCUCGGAGAAAACACGCUUGAUGGUGACGGUGAAAAGGUAUUCGGUACUAUGCAUAUCAUUGCAACGCGCGGCUCUGAUCUUGAAGAAGUUCAGAAAAGGACACAGGAUUACCUUUCAACAAAAGGCAUAGAUUUGGUGGUACAAGUUGAGAAAGAAGAAGCUUCUCAAAGCGAGAAUGGACCGAUAAAAUUAUCCGACAAGUAA